CAUCAUUUUCCUCUCAAAUUCCCUUUUCCAUCAUCAUACUUCAUUACACUGUUUGAUUUUUACUUUUUUUUUUUCAAUCAUGUUUUGGUAUUUGAUUGCAAUAAUUGCUUCAGGUUUGUUUCUGAAGAUUCUGUUGAAAACUUCUUUACUGCAAAUUGUGAAAAAAUGGUGGAGGUUUUUGGAGGAUGGUUGUUAUGUCUAUCAGUUCUACAGGGUACCGCAAUUCAAUCACAACAUGCAGGAAAAUCAAUUGUAUCGAAAAGUUUGUACUUAUCUGAAUUCGCUCCCCUGUGUUGAAGAUUCUGAUUUCACCAACCUAAUCUCCGGCGACAAGUCCAAUGAAAUUAGCCUCGUUUUGGAUUCAAAUCAGAUUGUUGUUGACAAGUUCCUCAGCGCUAGAGUUUUCUGGAUCAAUGAAAAGGAUGAAUUUACUGGUUUGAAAUCGCUUGUCAUGAAGAUUAGGAAAAAGGAUAAGCGUCGAAUUCUCCAGCCUUACCUUCAGUGUAUACACUCUGUGUUCGAUGAAAUUGAGCAGAGGAAAAAGGAGGUGAGAUUAUUCGUCAAUGUAGAUAAUGAACCUCAGAGAAACGGACGGUGGAGAUCAGUGCCGUUCACACAUCCAGCAACUUUUGAUACGGUAGUGAUGGACAUGGAUCUCAAAAACAAGGUGAAAUCCGAUUUGGAAUCGUUUCAAAAAUCAAAACAGUACUAUCACCGACUCGGCAAAGUUUGGAAACGGAGUUAUCUCCUCUACGGACCUUCCGGCACCGGCAAAUCAACGUUCAUCGCCGGAAUAGCAAAUUUGCUGAACUACGACGUGUACGACGUCGAUUUAUCUAAAGUCACUGACGAUUCGGAUCUGAAAAUGCUUCUGUUACAAACAACGAGCAAGUCGCUAAUCGUUAUCGAAGAUCUCGAUAGUUACAUUGGGACCAAAUCAACGGCUCCAAGUUUAUCUGGAAUUCUCAACUUUAUGGAUGGAAUAUUCUCGUGUUGUGGGGAAGAGCGAAUCAUGAUAUUCACCAUCAACAACAAAGAUCAAAUUGAUCCGACGGUCCUCCGUCCAGGAAGAAUCGACGUUCACAUACACUUUCCUUUAUGUAAUUUCAACUCUUUCAAAACCCUAGCGAAUAGCCAUUUGGGUUUAAAAGAUCACAAGCUUUUCCCACAGGUAGAGGAGAUUUUUCAAACCGGGGCGGCUCUCAGCCCGGCUGAAAUCGGCGAGAUUAUGAUAUCGAACCGGAGCUCGCCGACUCGGGCAUUGAAAACAGUCAUUUCAGCUCUGCAAAUCAACACCGAGUCGAGGGCGGCGACUCGGCAUGCACGGCGGUUGAGCGAGAGUGGGUCGGUUCGAACCGCGGAGGAAACGGGUGAGUCGGGUAUUUUUUGCAGAGAAAAUCUCAGAGAGUUCAAGAAGCUAUAUGGACUUUUACGAGUUAGGAGUUGUAGAAAAGAUUCAUCCUAUGAAUUUGAUACGUCGGAUAAGGAUAAUUCUAAGGCAUGAUAACUAACAUUAACA